CUCUUUCUCUCUCGACAGCAAUGCAUCGUUUGUAACGGCGAGUUUGUUUGUUUGUUAGUUAGUUGUCAAGAGAGAUGGUGUGUGGUCCGACGCGCAACAUCACGUCCAUCUACAUCAAGUACCGUUCGGACCACAAGAACAAAAAGAACCGAUUCGGCAUCAGCCUGCUCGGCGGAGGCAGCCCCAGCCAUGCAGAAGCCGGUCAGGGAGAACAAGACGCACACACACACACACACACACGCCUGCCGUGCGGAUCUCUCGUGUGUGUGUGCGUGCGCAGGGCAGCAGCGCCUUCUUGCGUCGACCUCUGGUAAGCCGCAAGGCAGGCAGGCAGGCAGGCAGGCAGCUGGGCCGCGGGAGAUCAGAUCUUAUCAGACAGCUAGCUGUCCUGGCCCUGUACGGACGCUGUGUGUGUGUGUGUCUUGUGUGUGUGUGUCUUAUGUGUGUGCGGCGAUGGCCCCUCCCCGUGUAGAGGAGGACAUCCAGGAGGUGGAGAUGACGCAACUGCCGCCCGUCUGGGUGAGCAACCAGCCCAUCAACACAACACCCCACCGUACGGGAGGGCUGGGCGACGGACUGUCUGUCUGUUGUGCUCAGGUUGAUCUGAUAGAGGACGCGCAGGACGACAUACAAAAGAUCAAAGACAAAAGUGAGUCAGUCAGUCAGUGAGGGAGUGAAGGAGUGAGGGAGAAGAUCCAUGGGAGGGAUGCGAUGCGUGAGGCAUUCAUUCCUUGUUUGGUGCCUGCGGUGUGUGCGGUGUGUUGUGUCGGUGGCUGCAGUUGCGACGCUUCAGCAGAAGCAGCAGCGACGCCUGCUUAAGGUGCGCAGCGCAUAGAACACAACACCCCCGCACCAGCACUCACUGGAGGGAAAAGCAAAGGCGUGUGUGUGAUUGUGAAGGUGUUUGGCGAGGAGGGUUCCAACACGUCGCUCGAGUCCGAAAUCGACAACCUCUCACACGUCAUCACAGCGGUCAGGGAGACAGGGAGGGAGGGACGGAGCGAGGGACCUUUGCCAUCUGUUUGUGGUCUCUCUGCAUGUGUCAUGUGUGUGUGUGUGUGUGUCGUGUUUGUUUGUGUGUGCCUACCGUGCAGUUGUUUCGUCAGUGUGAGGGUCGUAUCCACCAGAUCCAGACCAGGGGCACCGAGAUGGGCGUCACCAACAAGGAAUACGCACUCAGGCAGAACGCACAGGUCAGUCAAUCAAUAGGCACAUGCCUGCACGCCUGCCUGCGAUAUGUUGUGGGCACACAGCCAUUGCAAUCAGUACAUUCAGCAGCUUGUGUGAAUGGAAUGUUUGGUUGCCUGUGUGUGUUGGUUGGUUGGUUGGUUGGUUGCUUCAUUCAUUUACUUCAGCGCAGUGUGGCCAAUCAGCUGCAGAAGCUGUCUCAGGACUUUAGGAAGCAGCAGAAAAACUACCUGCAGGGUACGCACACACACACACACACACACACACGGACGAGACCACACCCGACCCGACACCCACCCUCUCUGUCUGUGUGUGGUGUGGACGGAUGGUAGAGUUGAAGAAGCGUCAGUCCGGCGGCCGCGAGAUAUUCGAGAGCGCAUCCGAGUCGACCACUGAUGACUUCGUACGCUAAACCACACACACACACACACAGUGUCCGUGCCACGCGCUCUUACGAUGGCUGGCUGGCUGGAUGGAUUGGUGUGUGGCCACCGCAGGGUUUCAGUGAGAGUCAGGUGAACGAGCUCGAGACCAUCGAAACGGACGUCAACGCACGCAACCAGGUGGGGUGGGCGGCUCGCUGGGUGGGGGCUGCACAGACAGACGAUGCACAGCAAGAUGAAUCCGUUGCUCAUCAGUCGUAUGGCCUCCCUGUGUGUGCGUGUCAUCAUGUGUCUGUGUGUGUGUGUGUGUGUGUCAGGAGAUCGCGCACAUCGCGCAGUCGGUGGCUGAUUUGCACAACAUCUUCAAAGAACUCGCCGUCCUCGUCAUCGACCAGGUGGGCUGGGCAUGGAUGCCAUCCAUCCCGUCCCAUCCCCCCCCCACACACACAUACAGCCACACGUGUGUCUUUGUCUGUCUGUUUGUUUGCCCUCGUCGAUCGUCUGUCUGUUUCGUCUGUUUCGUCUGGUCAGGGCACGAUGCUUGAUCGCAUUGACUACAACGUGGAGCAGGUCGAACAAAGGGAGGCACACACCGAACCCAACGUGACCACGUCCUCUGUGUGUGUGUGGGUGUGGUGUGUGCGUUUGUUUGCUGCCAACAGGUGGUGAUGCAGACUGAGGAGGCCAAUGUGCACAUCGCCAAGGCCGAGAAGCUGCAGAAGAGCGGCCGGGCAAUGAAGUGCAUACUCGCCCUUGUCAUCGCCAUCUUCGUCAUGGUAAUAAACGACGACACACUCACGACUGAGGACAUAUUGUCCACUGUGUGUGUGUGUGUGUGCGUGCAGCUGGGUUUAUUGAUCUUGAAGCACACCGGCCACAGGAGGCUGCAGAUGGCCGACGACUAGACAGACACACAAAUGCAUGGAUGGGCGCGUGCGUCCGUGUAGAUUGCUGCGUGAGGAAAUGAG